AUGACCAAAACAAGACUAAAUAGUGAGCGUGCCAAAAAAGGCCUCGGCCAUGUGCAGCUAAUUUGCUGCACAAACUGCACCCAGGGUGUGCCCAAGGACAAGGCCAUUAAGAAGUUUGUCUUUCGGGACAUUGUAGAGGCCGCUAAUGUCAGGGACAUAUCUGAAGCAAGUGUCUUCGACGCUUAUGUGCUUCCCAAACUCUAUGUCAAGCUGCAUUUCUGUGUGAGCUGUGCUAUUCUUAGUAAAGUAGUUAGGAAUCUAUCUCGUGAAGCCUGGGAGGACCGAACACACCCAUCACGAUUUAGACCUGCUGGUGCUGCACUAUGA